AUGGCGGGAACAUCAAGAAAUAUUGACACGGGAGAAUUAAUAACGUACAGUAACAACUUAGUACAGAUCUUGAGAAGCGAUAAGUACAUCAAUUGCUUGGAGCAAUGUUUGCAGCGAUUCAAAACCCUCCAAUCCCAGUGUGACCAAGAUUUCGAUCACGUUCAGAAAUCCAUUCGAGAAAUUGUCGACGAAAUUAAUGAUCUAGAGAAAGAAACGGCCUCUAUUGAAGAACAACGGAAAACUUUGAAGAAAUUUGAGAAAGAUGAACUGAGAGCUCAGAUGAAGCUGUCAAUGUAUGCUUCCUUGACAAAUAUCAUUCCAAACAUGGACGAUCUAAUUAGAAUAUCAGGUCAUAUUGUGGAGAGAGAAAAGAAAAUCGUAAAUAACUUUGAGAUUGACCCGGCAAAGCUGACUGCAUUUGAUACUUGUAAUUGCAUUUGGAAGAUGAUAAAUUUAAAUUUUGUCAUGGUGACUGGUGGAAGGAACAGAGGACAUUUUGGAGAAAUCAAGAACCGGGAGAAGCACAGGGGAAGUUUUGAAACUAUCCACAUUCAGGAUGUUCUUGGGCAUGAAUUUACUACCCAUCUGGGUAAUGUUUUCACUAUUGUAAAAGGUACAAAGCCUUGGGUUGCUCUACCAAAGGGCCAAGGAAUGACAACUGCUAUUGAUGAGGUUCAUCUUCAUGAGUUUGGGGUUUUAGGCCAUUUGGCACGAUGCUUUAGUUUCAGAAACUCGUUUCUUUGUCCAACAAGAAAGGAUAUGCUUGUUAAUGUUACUACAAUUCUCAGACAUAAAGCCAAAGGAAAAGGGCAAGGGAUGGUUACACUUUACGAGGACAUAGAGGAUUGUGCAGGUUAUAGAGACAUAGAGGUUAUGUGGGAGAUGAUACACCCUUCAUUCCCUCUUGAUGCUCACAACAAAAAACGUAGAAAGAAAGUUCUGUGCUGGAGAUUUUGUUUCCGACCAAGUUGA